AGCUGCGUUUUCAAAGUUCUUCGGAGUAGUGUGUACGCUGCCUGAACUGACACAAGGAUUUCGAUCUCGUUCGUGAAAGCGUUAUUUGUACCGUUUAUCAGUUUCUUUCAUAGAUAUACCGAUAAAAUAAUUGAAAAUACAUGCUGUACAAGCACGUCUGGCAAACACGAAAUCAUGAUAAAAAGAAAAAGCUUAAGAGAAGGGCUGCCAGGGAUACUCGUGGACAACCCGACACAGCAGAACAACGCUUUCAUAAGAUGAGUCUUCUACUCUUCAGUUUUGGUUGAGAGUGCAAUGUCCCCUUUCACGGCUUCGAUGUCUUUAUAACUUAACAACACGUCAAGCCAUACGAACUACCUCAAGCCAUAUCGUUUAAUUAUUCACGAAUUAUCAACAAAAUACCACUAUAAGUUCAUUUUCAACCGCAUUUGAAUUUGACUGAAGCAUCAUCCGUCAAGAGCAAAUGAGCGGAUCUUUUGUAUCCGCUAAACGCUCAAGAGACCGCACUAUAACUUCGAAUUUGUCGGAUAUAAAUGAACGUGACAUUGUACCAAGGAAGAAUGGGUUCAUUUGGACAGGCGGAUUUGGAAAACUGCAUUUGCGGAAAGCACCUGCAGAGAACAGAAGCCAAACUAUAUACAAAACAAUACAGAAUCGGUCUUUGAUGAUAAAAACACAGAAUGCAUGCAAAAUAGAGUGGUUCAAAUGAGUGGCUUCACAUCUUUGGCCGAAUCGAAUCAGUUCAGGGCGUUUUCAUGUAUAUCGAUAGACAAAAAGUAAAAUCGCACCAGCUUUUUCGGUGGGAUUUACAGACUGCUCCGUUGAGCUGAUGCAAAAUUAAAGGCAUGACUGUAUUUCAAAUCAGUUGCAAAAACACAGUGGUGUUCUUUAAUUCAUCUAAGUCGACUCGUGUUCUGUAAAAUUAGAAAGUUCAGCUGGUUAUAAAGUUGCAGAAAAAGAAAGUUAAAGGGUCUUUAAGAGAAGAAGCAAACAGCAAUAUUUUGAUAAGCAUUUCAGUUGACAAAAGACUAUACUUACAUGCAGGUUCACUUUCAAAAAUAAACUAAGGAGAAACAAGACGAGAGUAAAGAAAUAUUUUCUUUAGUUUAUCUCUAGCUCAUAAACUGAAGCGUCUUCAUCCCACAGUAACUGUUGUUGGAAAAGACGCUCGCGAGCGGUGAAGACUAUAUGUACACUGAUUUAUAUUUACGAUCAACCUUUUAAUAUGAAAUUUUUUCAAUAAUAUGCUUCAUAACUCGAAUUCCUUGAAAACAUUUCCAUGCAGUGAAGUAUUCUGAAACUUCUAUAGUUGGUAUGAGGUCAAAAUCAGCUUGGGCACCUCAAGGAAAAGUGAUCUCGAGUUACAAGAUUUCGGUCAAAAAUUAAAGCAUAUAAUCAGAACUACAAGUAACCACAGUCUAAAUUUAGGACAUUUAAAACUUUGGAUAUGUCGUACCACUGAAAUAUUUUCGAUUCGACUGGAAAAGACGGAGCACUUCAACAUUUUAUGAUUUCGCCGAGUUUCAUUCAAAGUACUCAAGGCAUGCCUUGCCUUGAUAACCGCGCGUGAUGUAAUAAACAAGGUCGUAACGUCAUGUAAAUUCAUUUAACAGAUAUAAUUCAUAGUUUGGCCUUAUCAAAAACGCCGACGGUAUUUCUACAUCAAAUAUGCUAAAUAAAAUUAAAUAUAUUGGCAGAAUCGUGACGAAAUUAAAACAUUGGAUUUAAAUGGGCUUCGUGACAGUUUCUAGAAUGCGCAGUUCUAGAGAUUAUUAAUUUGUCUCAACGCUUCGUGCUAAAGACUGGACAACUAAGAGCUUGCUUGUAACUGGCUCCGCUGUUCGUAAACCCCAUUUGCGGACAAAACCUUACAUUUGAUUUUUAUUUUCAGCAGCGAAUCAUAAAAGACCGUGGAUAACUCUUGUGUUUUACAGAAGAUUAGGCCAGCUGUUUAUAUUCUGGUAAUACGUUUGAUAUAAAUGCGUUAAAAAACAGCGGAACUAGUGAUAUCUACAUGACAAUGACGAGAAGGAAGUCAAUAGACGAUGCUUACGUCUCUGGAACAAAAACUGACUUCCAUGUUGAUAACAAAACCGGCAAGGAGAAAAAGGGACUGAUUUUCUAUAUCAGAAUAUUAAUGAAGCUCCGAACAUAUGAAAGAUCAGUACCGUCGAAGCGUACAUUUCUCGUCUUCAGCUCCUCUACGGAUAUUUUUCUGGCAUAGUAUGGCAAAUCAAUCUUAUUUGGAAUAUUCCGCUAACAGAUCGCUCUCAGUGGAGAAUAAUCUGCCGCAUGAAUAUGAUUACGGCAAGUUCUUUUUGAGCUUUCUAGUAAUUGCUUCCACUUUGCUAGGUAACUCGGUAAUUAUAUUUUCCUACUGCCAAAACUACAAGAUGAGGACUGCCACGAACACGAUGGUGUUGAACCAUUGCCUCGCAGACACGUUCCUGGUUUUGUCAGACAUUGCGUUUUAUGUAACGCCAGCUUACAUCCCAAGUCUGAUGGACGGCGAUGUCUUUUGCACUCUGUCAGCUUUCUUCGAUAGCUUGUUCAAAGCAGCUUCGAUUCUAAGCAUGUGCGGCAUAGCGCUCGACAGAUACGUUCACCUGGUUAGAAACUCUCGUAAGCGAAUGUCCAAAGAGCGAACAAUGGUGGUCAUAACUUGGUGCUGGUUGCAGUCUGCAGUCGUGGCGACUCCAUGGAACAAACUGGCAAGACUCGAGAAAAUUGUAAACAAGGGAGCUUUAUGCCAUACACUCCCACGCCUUUUCGAGGCUGGAUUACCGUUAAAAGCCCUGUCCGUGUUCUACAAGAUGGUCUCCGUUCUCCUUCCUUUACUCGGUAUCUGCUACGUUUCUUACCGCGUUUUUAGUACAGUGCGGCGGAGACGGAAAGUUAAAACACACGAAGGUUCAUUACAAGUCGCAAACCGAGUCCCUUCGGAAAGUUUCGUGACGCGCGCGCAUGCCAGAUCACCGAUUACGGCCAUCAUCUUGCUCCUGGUGUAUAUUUUAUGCAUGACACCGUUUUUCGUCGCAAUUGUUUGGACGAUGUUCCCGAAAACUCGUGUUCUCGCCCCCGGGACGGCAUUUGCUGUGUACUUCUUGUUUCGUCUGAAAGGAUCUCUAUUACCAAUCCUCUACAUCUUGAGAAACCGUUUCGUUCUCAGCUACCUUCACAAACUUGUGUGCUGUAGUUUUGCAAAGAAGGCAGGUAUUGCGGAAUAUUCGAACGCGUAUGUUACGAACAAUUUAGGAGGUCGUGCAGAGUGGAACUGGGUUUCACCAAGGAAAGCAAGAGGCGGGAAUGGUUUUAACAGAAGAGGAGUGAGACAGGAGUCAAGAGUAUUCUAUGGAGUAAAAACUCUGACAGUAACUUUUGAUUUUACUGAUCUCAAAAGAGCAAGAGGAAACUCUCGUGUAUAAAGCGGCAACUCGAUUUAGUUAGUUAAUAAUCGGUUGCUCAAAAUCAUACUUUGUCUCAAUUUAGGCGGGCGCAACAAAAUAAAGCUCUUCGCAUUAAAAUAUAAAGAACUUUUUAUUGUUGCUGCUGUUUCUUUGGAGGCGAAUAGCUCGAUUUUAUAAUAACAAGUGUUAUAAUUUUGGUCACAGUUGUAAAUUAUAUUGAGCGACUUUUUUAUGAAUUCAACCUCAACCUUACUAAGAGUAGACCAUGAAUUACCCGAGCUCAAGCUGAUGUUUCCGCUAAGAAAUGUUUGAAAUGACAUCAGUUAAUGAUUUGUAAACAAACCUAAAAAGAACUCGAUAGAAAUUUAAAUUAAUAUACGUAAUAUAUUAAACACGAAAGACCGUGUUUGACCACAUUUCCAAACACCGAGAAGAAAGUUGGCUAUACAACGCCUAGCGGAGCAUUUUUGACGAACUUGAAGGUGUUUGGAAAUGAGGUCAAACACGGUCUUGAGUA